AUGGUGGGGCAAUGGGAAGAAGAAGUUGAUGAAGAGGUGGUGAUCAGAUGCUACGAUGAUCGUAGGGACAGAAUUCAAAUGGGUCGUAUGGAGAAGAGUUGUGAGAUUGGUCACGACCACCAAACUCUUCUCUUCACUGACACUUUAGGUGAUCCCAUCUGCAGAAUCCGAAAUAGUCCUUUCUUCAUUAUGCUGGUGGCAGGGGUUGGGAACAAGCUGGUAGGUUCCAUACAAGGCUCAGUAAAGCCAGUGGAGUUUCAUGAUAAGUCAGUGAGAGUGGGUUAUGUCCUAGGUCUCAGAGUUGUGCCGUCGUAUCGACGCCGUGGCAUUGGAUCGAUUCUGGUGAGAAAACUUGAGGAAUGGUUCGAGUCUCACAAUGCUGACUAUGCUUACAUGGCUACUGAAAAGGACAAUGAGGCCUCUCACGGUCUCUUCAUCGGGAGACUUGGCUACGUCGUCUUUAGAAACCCCGCAAUCCUGGUCAAUCCCGUCAACCCCGGCCGUGGUUUAAAAUUGCCUUCUGACAUCGGAAUAAGGAAGCUAAAGGUGAAAGAAGCCGAGUCAUUGUACCGGAGAAAUGUGGCAGCUACGACAGAAUUUUUCCCGGACGACAUUAACAAAAUCUUGCGGAACAAGUUAAGUAUCGGGACAUGGGUGGCUUACUACAAUAAUGUCGACAACACCAGAAGCUGGGCAAUGCUUAGUGUUUGGGAUAGUAGCAAAGUCUUCAAACUAAGGAUCGAGAGAGCUCCUUUGAGCUAUUUGCUUCUCACUAAAGUUUCCAAAUUAUUUGGUAAUUUCUUGUCAUUAUUGGGAUUAACAGUUUUGCCUGAUUUGUUUACUCCGUUUGGGUUCUAUUUCCUUUACGGGGUUCACUCGGAAGGUCCACAUUGUGGGAAACUAGUUAGGGCUUUGUGUGAGCACGUUCAUAACAUGGCUGCGUUAAAUGAUGGUUGCGCAUGUAAAGUCGUGGUGGUGGAGGUCGACAAAGGAAGUAACGGCGAUGAUUCUUUGCAAAGGUGUAUUCCGCAUUGGAAAAUGCUUUCGUGUGACGAUGAUAUGUGGUGUAUCAAGCCGUUGAAAUGUGAGAAAAAUAAGUUUGAUUUGAGUGAGAGAUCGAAAUCGCGGUCUUCGCUCUUUGUGGAUCCAAGAGAAGUGUAGCUAGAUUUAAUCCAACUGAUAAUGUACCUAAUAGCAAAAUAUGCGAAAUCAUUUUCCGAUUUUAUAAGAUUAA